GUGAAAGGCCUCCCGGCGUGAGGUCGACCCAGGCAGCACCUCGGACAAGUCCCUACCUGAAGCAGCUGUCUGGCCGUGUCAGUUCCGGAGCAUAACACUUGCUGCCCGCGGAACCCCCGGAGGCCUGGGCGAGAUCUGACUUCUGGAGACUUCACCCAUCCUCAAGGAAAACUGCUCACAAAGAGGAUAUGGCUGCCGAACAGAGGGAAGCAAGGUCUCAGGUGUCAGUGACGUUUGAAGAUGUGGCUGUGCUCUUUACACGGGAUGAGUGGAGAAAGCUGGCUCCUUCUCAGAGAAACUUGUACCAAGAUGUGAUGCUGGAGAACUAUAGUAACCUUGUCUCAUUGGGACUCCCAUUUUCCAAACCUGAAGUGAUCUCCCUGUUGCAGCAAGGAGAAGAUCCCUGGAAGGUAGAGAAAGAAAGCCCUGGAGGUUCCUCUCUAGAAUGUAAGAGCAGUCCUAAAACCACAAAGGCAACUCAAACUCAAGACUCCUCAUUUUCGGGGCUAAUAAGGAAAACACUCAAAAAGGAUGAACCAUGGAAUUUCAUAUCAGAAAACCCCUGCAUAUAUGAAGACAGAAUAAAGAAACAGAAGGACAAAAGUGAAAGUUUACAAAUAAUUUCAGUCACUCAUACAAAAAUCCUCACUGUAGAAAAAAGCCAUAAAAAUAAUGACUUCGGCCAAAAUUUCAGCCUGAAAUCAGUGUUUGUUAAGCAACAGAGGGUUGCUAGAGAAAAAACACCCACAAAAUAUGAAAUACAAAGAAAUAGCUUCAGGCAGGAUUCAAAUGUACUUAACCAAUCGAAAAUAAAGACAGCAGAAAAACGCCAUAAAUGUAACAUAUGUGAAAAAGCCUUCAUUCACAAGUCAUCCCUUCGUAAACAUCAGAAAAACCAUACCGGAGAGAAAUUAUUUCAAUGUGAUGAAUGUUUGAAAGCCUUCAACCAAAGCUCAGCUCUUAUUCAACAUCAAAGAACUCAUACUGGAGAGAAACCGUAUAUAUGUAAAGAGUGUGGGAAAGCCUUCAGCCAUAGUGCAUCCCUUUAUAAACACGUAAAAAUACAUACUGUGGAAAAAUCCUACAAAUGUAAAGAAUGUGGUAAAUCCUUUGGCAGAAGGUCUGCCCUUUUUAUACAUCAAAAAAUUCAUGCUCAAGACAAUCCCCACAAAUAUAACCCAGGAAGGAAGGCAUCCACUUGCAACCUACCUGGAUGUCAGAGAAUUCAUCCAAGAAAGAAGACCUAUUUAUGUAACGAAUGUGGCAACACCUUUAAGUCUAGUUCAUCCCUUCGUUACCACCAGAGAAUUCACACAGGAGAGAAACCUUUUAAAUGUGGUGAAUGUGGGAGAGCCUUCAGUCAGAGUGCAUCUCUUAUUCAACAUGAAAGAAUUCACACUGGAGAAAAGCCUUACAGAUGUAAUGAAUGUGAAAAAGGUUUCACUUCUAUUUCACGACUUAAUAGACAUCGAAUAAUUCAUACUGGAGAGAAAUUGUAUAAUUGUAAUGAGUGUGGUAAAGCCUUAAGUUCCCACUCAACACUCAUUAUUCAUCAGCGAAUUCAUACUGGAGAGAAACCAUGUAAAUGUAAAGUGUGUGGGAAAGCCUUCAGACAAAGUUCUGCUCUCAUUCAACAUCAGAGAAUGCACACUGGAGAAAGACCCUAUAAAUGUAAUGAGUGUGGGAAAACAUUCAGGUGUAACUCGUCCCUUAGUAAUCAUCACAGAAUUCACACAGGAGAGAAACCAUAUCGAUGUCUGGAAUGUGGGAUAUCUUUUGGGCAAAGUGCAGCUCUUCUUCAACAUCAAAGGAUUCAUACAGGAGAAAAACCCUUUGUGUGUAUUACAUGUGGGAAAACUUUUAGGCAGAGCUCAUCACUUAUUGCACAUCAAAGAAUUCAUACUGGAGAGAAACCCUAUGAAUGUAAUGCAUGUGGGAAACUCUUCAGCCAGAGGUCGUCCCUUACGAACCAUUAUAAAAUUCACAUUGAAGAGGACCCCUUCAAAGUAGAUUUGCAUGUGUGAAACCCUUAAACCAAAGGUCAUUAGAAUAAAAUUAGUACCACAUAUCUGUGGGUUCCACAUCCACUGGUUCAAAUAACUGC